AUGGCGGCGCAAACUAAUAGCAAUGAUAAUGCCACGACCAUUACUCUUGAGAAGAACCGUAGUCUCUCUCCUUCAACGGGUGAGGAAGUCCGCCUUCUCGAUAUUUCGGAGUAUGAGCAGGCCGCUCAGUGCCUUGCUGAGGCCUUCGCCGUUGAUGAAGUUGCGAGAUACUUCAUUGAUACCGAUGACAUGGUCAGCUACACAGAAGAGUAUAAGUACAAGAUGCACUGUGAUAUCUUGCGCUACAUCACUGCAGCUCAUUGCUACAAAGGCAUUGUGACGACGAUUGGGCCGAAUUAUGAUGCUGUUGCCCUUUGGAUGCCGCCAGGAAAGAACAUGGACGAUCUGUGGACCAUCUUCCGAUCCGGCAUGUGGAGACUCUGGUACAAGCUCUCCUCGGAAGGCAAGACACGGUUCUACGACGAGUUCCUGCCACUCCUUCACGAGACCAAGCACAGCAUCAUGGGUGGCCGUGACGACGACUCCUACUAUCUCGUCUACAUCGGUUCGAAACCUAGCGCACGCGGCAAAGGCUACGCUAGGAAGUUGAUCGAGCACAUCACUGCCAGGGCCGAUUUCGAAGGCAGAGCAACCUAUCUCGAAUCCAGCGCUGCGAGCAACUUGCCCUACUACAGCAAGUACGGCUUCGAGCACAUCACUGAUAUUGAGCUAAAGCGUGGCGAGGAGCCAAUCAAGUUGCAUAUCAUGGUGAGAGAGCCGCAGAGCAUGGCUGAGAGCUCGAAAGGGACAUUGAAGGUUUAG